AUGCCGAUUCGCCUUUGUUUUGCUAGUAAAAUGGCAUCCCAUAUUGUUGGAUACCCACGUAUGGGCCCAAAGAGAGAGCUGAAGUUCGCUCUGGAAUCCUUUUGGGAUGGAAAGAGCAGCGCCAGUGACUUGGAAAAGGUGGCGGCUGACCUUAGGGCAUCCAUCUGGAAGCAGAUGUCUGAAGCUGGGAUCAAGUACAUCCCGAGCAACACAUUCUCGUACUAUGAUCAGGUGCUUGACACAACCGCGAUGCUUGGUGCAGUCCCGCCAAGAUACAACUGGAAUGGUGGUGAGAUUGGCUUCUCCACUUACUUCUCCAUGGCCAGAGGAAAUGCCUCUGUUCCUGCUAUGGAGAUGACCAAGUGGUUCGACACCAACUACCACUUCAUUGUCCCUGAAUUGGGUCCUGAUGUAAAGUUCUCUUAUGCUUCACAUAAGGCAGUUAAUGAAUACAAUGAAGCUAAAGCGCUUGGUGUUGACACAGUUCCAGUACUUAUCGGCCCUGUUACAUACUUGUUGCUUUCCAAACCUGCCAAGGGUGUUGAGAAAACUUUCCCUCUUCUUUCACUUCUUGACAAAAUUCUCCCAAUUUACAAGGAAGUUAUUACUGAGCUGAAGGCAGCAGGUGCUUCAUGGAUCCAGCUUGAUGAGCCCACCCUUGUUUUGGACCUUGAAUCUCACCAGUUGGAAGCAUUCACCAAGGCUUAUGCUGACCUCGAACCAUCAUUGUCUGGCCUUAAUGUUCUGAUCGAGACCUACUUUGCUGAUGUGCCAGCAGCUGCAUACAAAAUUCUUACCUCACUGAGUGUUGUUUCUGGUUUUGGUUUUGAUUUGGUUCGUGGCACCAAGACCGUUGAUCUGAUCAAGGGUGGAUUCCCUUCCGGGAAGUACCUCUUUGCUGGAGUUGUUGAUGGAAGGAACAUCUGGGCUAAUGAUCUGGCUGCUUCUCUUGCUACUCUACAGUCUCUUGAAGGCAUAGUUGGAAAGGAUAAGCUUGUUGUCUCUACAUCCUGCUCACUUCUCCACACGGCCGUCGAUCUCGUGAAUGAGCCGAAGCUUGACCAGGAGAUCAAGUCGUGGCUUGCAUUUGCUGCACAGAAGGUUGUUGAAGUGAAUGCUUUGGCUAAAGCAUUAUCUGGUGCAAAGGACGAGGCAUUCUUCUCUGCCAAUGCUUCGGCUCAGGCUUCGAGGAAAUCCUCUCCCAGGGUGACUAAUGAAGCUGUCCAAAAGGCUGCUGCAGCCUUGCAAGGUUCUGAUCAUCGUCGUGCUACAAAUGUUAGCGCGAGACUUGAUGCUCAACAGAAAAAGCUUAACCUUCCAAUCCUUCCCGCCACCACAAUUGGUUCUUUCCCUCAGACUGUUGAACUCAGGAGGGUCCGCCGUGAGUACAAGGCCAAGAAGAUCUCGGAAGAAGAAUACAUCAAUUCUAUCAAGGAGGAGAUCAACAAGGUUGUCAAGCUACAAGAACAACUUGAUAUUGAUGUUCUUGUUCAUGGGGAGCCAGAGAGAAAUGACAUGGUUGAAUACUUUGGUGAGCAACUCUCCGGUUUUGCCUUCACCGCCAACGGAUGGGUGCAAUCCUACGGUUCUCGCUGUGUGAAACCACCGAUCAUCUAUGGUGACGUGAGCCGGCCCAAGCCGAUGACCGUCUUCUGGUCCACUACUGCCCAAAGCAUGACCAAGCGCCCGAUGAAAGGAAUGCUUACGGGUCCUGUCACCAUUCUCAACUGGUCUUUUGUUAGAAAUGACCAACCCAGAUUUGAGACCUGUUACCAGAUUGCUUUGGCUAUUAAGGAUGAAGUGGAGGAUCUUGAGAAGGCUGGAAUCACAGUUAUCCAAAUUGAUGAGGCUGCAUUGAGAGAAGGGUUGCCGCUUAGGAAGGAUGAACACGCGUUUUACUUGGAUUGGGCCGUGCACUCGUUCAGAAUCACCAAUGUUGGUGUCGAGGACACUACCCAGAUCCACACCCACAUGUGUUACUCGAACUUCAACGACAUCAUCCAAUCCAUCAUCAACAUGGAUGCUGACGUCAUCACCAUCGAGAACUCUCGUUCGGACGAGAAGCUGCUCUCGGUUUUCCGUGAGGGAGUCAAGUACGGUGCUGGAAUCGGGCCUGGUGUUUACGACAUUCACUCCCCAAGAAUCCCGUCAACUGAAGAAAUUGCGGACAGGAUAAACAAGAUGCUUGCUGUUCUGGAGACCAACAUCUUGUGGGUGAACCCUGACUGUGGCCUCAAGACCCGUAAGUACGCUGAGGUUAAGCCUGCUCUUGAAAACAUGGUCUCGGCUGCUAAGCUCCUCAGGACCCAGCUUGCCAGCGCUAAAUGA